GAAAUACUGGAAACUGCCGCAGGGGGAAGAAACGGAGUGGCAAAUGCAAUGGAACAAAUCUGAUUUACGUGACUUUCGCUUUUGACAGGUCUGACCGCACACCUGUGAGGACGGAGAACAUGUUUUUUUCACUUUGGCAUGGGUAGGACGUUUUGUUCUUAAAGAGUUUUUGCUGUGUGGAUUUCUCUUUACUGUUUAAGUGCCAGAUAAUGAACAAAGAUCGCAUUCGGAGCGCAGAAGCAUAACGUCACUGCGCUGACACAUCCAGAAUGAGUGGAGGAAAGAAACGCAGCGGAUUUCAGAUCACCAGCGUCACCUCGGAUUACAAUCAGAGUUCUGCGGAGAGCCAUCCUGUGGAGCUCCUCAGCCCUGGGACUCAAAGAGCCACGCCCCCUUCUGCCAGAAACCCCGCCCAUGGGCGGGGCUCUGAAAGCCAGACCACAUCCCCGACUCAGUUUAUAUCCAAUGGGCUGUCACUACGGCAAAGCCCCGCCCUCCAGACGCAGCAGAGCUGCAGUCAGCCGACCACUCCUGUCACGGCGCGGAAGCAGAACUCGUUGGAUGCGGGUGGCUCGCGGUUCCGCGUGGUGCGUUUGGACCAGGGGCCGGGCGAGCCAUACAGACGUGGCCGCUGGACGUGUGUGGAUGUGAUGGAGAGGGAGGUGGAGGAGCGAGGGCUGCGCCGUGUGAUUGACAGCAUGAGACACGCCCACUCGCUGGAGUCAUUGGAGACUGUGGGACUGGGAGGAGCUGAAGGAGCAGUAGGCGGAGCCAGAUUAAAGCCCCUAGCGGUGCACCCAGGUCACAUGGUACACUCGCAGGGCACCACCCACCUGCUCAGCCAAUGCCGGACAGAAUACGCUCACAGUGGCCCGCCCUCACCCACAUACAACCAUACGCUGUAUGACACACAGCCAAUCACGGGAGACGUAGUUCAAUCAGAAAAUAGCCCAGAAAAAGGGAAGGGAAGACGGAAGUGUGUGCAGUAUUGACCAGUUAGUGCCUUAAAAACCGCAGUAAUGAAUGAUAGCGCUGCUCUAAUUAAGAGGUAAUUAAAUAACGUUAAUUGAUUUAUGACACCCUAAAUAGUUCUUAUUUAUUACUGUCAGUGUGUGUGUGUGUUGUCAGUGUGUGUGUGUGUGUGUGGGGGUUUGAAAGCACUGCUCACUUCUAGGUUAACAAGUCUUUUUUUUAAUGUUGCCAUGGUUACUCCUAAACUACCCCUGGCGGAUGGAAAGACUAGUUUAGGUUAGGUAACUGGCUCUUCCUGUCUGCUAGUGAAUAAUGAUCUGAUCUGUAACGAUGACUGCUCUAAUAAAUAACUCUCACUAGC